AUGGACCCACUAUCCAGCGCAGCUCUCUCUGCCUUUAUGUCUCAGGGCCAACUCGCACUAGUUUGGGCCAUCGAAGAAAUGGCGUUUCAAGCUGGACAUUACACUUUUAUGCUGGGAACUCGACUCCUUUUCUUGUGUGGUGUCCACAUUGUACCAAUCACCUCGCGAGCAAGGAUUUAUUUUGAUCCCCACAUCAUGAGCAGCUAUCAAGACAGAGCUGUCGGUGUAUCAGCACAGGGCGCUCUGGGAAAGUCCGCCAGCUCCUAUCCUGACGAGGGAAAGACACUUUGA